AUGGACUGUGGACACUUAGCUGAGAGCAGCGAGGAGGUCUCUGUCCCGGGCACAGAGCCCGAUUCCCUGCUGCCUUCUGCUGCCAGCAGCAAUUCCUGCCCCCCCUCAGCAGCUGGGCCGCGGGCUGGGGCACCUCCUGGCAGACCCGCCACCGCCAAUGCCGCUCGGGAGCGCAGUCGGGUUCAAACCCUGCGCCAUGCCUUCCUCGAGCUGCAGAAGACUCUCCCCUCUGUGCCGCCCGACACCAAGCUCUCCAAGCUGGAUGUUCUCCUCCUGGCCACCACCUAUAUCGCACACCUCACUCGCAGCCUUCAGGAUGAGGAAGAGUCACCGGGAGAAGGUUUGGGUACCCUCCGAGGGGAUGGAUACCUUCACCCUGUCAAGAAGUGGCCGAUGCGUUCCAGGUUAUACAUUGGAGCUACAGGACAGUUUUUGACACACUCGGCACAAGGAGACGGCGCAAACCAAGGAGAAACAUCAGCAGCUUCACAAAUCUAA